AUUCAGAAUCCUCGGUUGACGUCCAUUUUAACUCCUUUCAACAACACGCUUCCAAUCCAAACCAAUAUAUAUUCUCACGACCGGACGAGACGAGACGCGACGCAAGAUCGAUAGAAGUUGACGUAACCAUUCAAGACAAUUGGAAACAAAAAAAAACAUGGAACUCGAUGCCCUCCAAGCCCGGGUGGGUGAAAUCCUCGAACAGGCCGCCGUCUACUUCCAUAAAGUCCCUGGUUCUGCAGUAUUUAUGCGCUACAUCCAGUCGAGUUAUCAGAACGACCCCGUGCGAUCCGCCAUUGAACUUGUGCUGCUUCUCUUCUUUAUCCGCUAUCUCCUGUCGCCUUCUUACUCGACCCGUAAGCAGAAUUACAUCAAGUUGAGAGAGGAGGAAAUUGAAGAGUUGAUCGAUGAAUGGCAGCCCGAGCCUCUCGUCGUCGAGCAGACUCCAUUUGAGGUGGCUGAAGCCGAACGUCUUCCUGUCCUUGUUGGCCCUACCGGUCCCAAGACUAAACUCGCCAACGGCCGAACUGUUACCAAUCUCGCAUCCUACAACUUCUACAACUUCAACGGCAAUGAUCAGAUUAAGGAGAAGGCUAUCCAGGUUCUGCGUACCUAUGGUGUUGGCCCUUGCGGCCCUCCACAGUUCUACGGUACCCAAGACGUUCACAUGAAGACUGAAGCCGACAUUGCCGCGUAUUUGGGCACCGAAGGCUGCAUCGUCUACGCUCAAUCCUUCAGCACCAUCUCUAGUGUCAUUCCCUCUUUUUCCAAGCGUGGUGACGUUAUCAUCGCUGAUCGUAAUGUCAACUUCGCUAUUCGCAAGGGUCUCGAGCAAUCGCGAAGCACCAUCCGCUGGUAUGAACACAAUGACAUGGACGCUUUGGAAGAUGCUAUGAAGGCUGUCGCCCGGGAGCAGGCCAAUGCCAGGAAGCUUACCCGUCGUUUUGUCGUGACCGAGGGUUUGUUUGAGCUCUCUGGAGAUUCUAUCGAUUUGCCCCGCCUGGUUGAGCUUAAGGAGAAGUACAAGUUCCGCGUUAUUCUGGAUGAGACCUGGUCUUUUGGUGUUCUCGGCCGUACCGGUCGUGGUAUUACUGAGGCGCAAAACGUGGACCCCCAACAGGUUGACAUGAUCAUUGGUUCCCUUGCUGGACCUCUCUGUGCCGGUGGUGGCUUCUGUGCUGGUCCCAAGGAUGUUGUCGAGCACCAGCGUAUCACAUCUUCUGCGUAUACAUUCUCUGCCGCUCUCCCUGCCAUGUUGGCUGUCACCGCCAGCGAGACCCUCAACCUGCUCCAGUGUAACCCUGAAAUCCUGGCACAGUCCCGCGAGAACAUCAAGGCUAUGAGGGCCCAAUUGGAUCCCCGCAGUGAUUGGGUUUACAGCCCAAGCGACCCCGAGAACCCUAUCAUGCUCCUUGUCCUCAGGCCUGAAGUUGUGGCUGCCCGUAAGCUCGGACUGGAAGACCAAGAACGUAUCUUUUUGGACUGUGUGGAAGAGACUCUUGCCAACGGCGUCUUGAUCACAAGAACCAAGACCAGACCUUAUGCGCAUGCUGUGAAGCCCAAGGACGGCGCGUGGUUUGCCCAGCCUGCUCUUCGAAUUUGUGUUACAUCAGCACUGUCUAAGAAGGAUAUUGAGAAGGCCGGUGUGACUAUUCGACAUGCUAUCACUAAGGUCAUGACACGAAAGACGAGCACCAAGACCGCCUGAUUCAGGGGCUUAACGGAUGAUAAUUUUGAUGACAGAUGGAGGCUGGCUGAAUGCAUGUUAUACAGCUGAGCAUAGUCGAUAAGGCGUCGGGUUACACUGAGACCUUUUUGAUUAUGAUGGAUAAUCAGCCAACGCAAUAGACGAGGGGCAAUAUGGAACGAUUUACAAAGUGGCUGGCAGCCAUUUAACAAGCUAAUGAUUAAUAGAUGCGGCCCUCGUACGCUAGCAUUGAAUGAAUAUUUCCGAUAUAAUGGUUUUGUGUCUUUGUGGGCUCCGUGAUUAGGUGGUGAUUGAUCGGUUUCGUAUCAUGGUUUUGAUACUGAAGAGGGGAAAUUCUCAAGAAACCUUGACGUGUAUUUGUUAGCUUUAGUUACUCACAGUUGAUGAAGUCGUCUUUGCCAA